AUGGCCAACUACAUGACCGCCCUGGCCGGGUCUGUAUCCACCAUACCCGAUGAUACGGCUGUAUCGGACCUUCCCCGUGGCCAAGUCGACUAUCUCUCCCAUGAAUGGCGCGAAGAAGAUGUAUGGCGCUCAUGGCGUAGCAUGACUCGUCUAAAGAACGAAAUCACAAAUGGAAUGAGGUUGGAGAACGCUUCCUGGCGCACGUGGUGGAAACAACGCAACAAGCUCAGCACUGUUAGUCCAGAGACCCUUAAUUGGCUGAAAGAUUCUGAUGUUACGUGGCUAUACGGUCCUCUUCACACGGCAGAUUACCCCGCCCCCGCCCCCACCCCCAAACCUUCGCCUAACACUGCCGCUGCUCUCGAUCUCCCCAUACUAUCGUCAUCCCCGCCUACCACAAAGCCAAUUCUUAAGCACCGUUCUAUCUUAGAGCUACUAACGUCCGACUACCCUUCGUCUUCCAUGUUUAGCCCUCCUGAAUCGGAAGAGGAUGAAAUACUUCAUAUGCAUUCGGAUUAUGAAGCCCCAAAGCAUUUGACAGGGCCUGGUGUCGCAGGAAUAAUCAAGCGGCCACCUCUCACGCACACUAAGAGCGAUACGCAUAUCUCUCACUGGGGCCUCAAUCGUGAUUGUAGGCGGGAUUCACCUCCGCGGAUCAUCGCACCUGGAACUCCUGUCACGAGUGAGGUGCCCCCCACCUCCAGGCAGGGGUCCUCAUCAGAUGCUGUGAUUGUGCCUGGCCAGAAGCGGAAACAUAUCAGCUUCAACACAUUCGUGGAACAAUGCAUCGCGAUCGAGAAGCCAAAGAAG